AAAGUCGACACCCAGCGGAAUGGUCGGAAAGAGCGGAAAGGAGGAGAGGAGAGGAAAAGACGUUGGCCAGCCGGCUGCCGAUAUAAAGCAUAUAGCCGGAGGAAAGCUCACGACGCACUACUUCUCUGGCGUACGUAGCGCGGCCACACCACACACACCACACCAGCAGCCAGCCAGCCAUCGUCGUCGAACGCUCGACCCGAGCCAGCCAGCGGAGCAGAGCGCGGGCGCACUAGCUCGGACCUCGACGAACGCUCCGCCGAUCGUUGUUAUGAUGGCGAGUCCGGCGUUCUUGCUGCUGCUCUUGCUGGCUGCGUCCAUCGGGGGAUCAGAGGCGGACUGGUGCGUGUGCAGGCCGGACGCGAACGAGACGGCGCUGCAGGAGACGCUGGACUACGCGUGCGGGCAGGGGGCGGACUGCGCGCCGGUGGGCACGGGAGGGAGCUGCCACAGCCCCGACUCCGUGGCGGCGCACUGCUCCUACGCCGUCAACAGCUACUACCAGCGGAACAGCCAGACCAAGGGCGCCACCUGCGACUUCGGCGGCACCGCCACCCUCUCCUCCGCCGACCCCAGCUCCGGAACCUGCAAGUACCCUGCAAGCGCAAGUGCUGCAGGGACGAGCACCGGGAACGGCACGGCAACAGGCUCUGGCGCUGGCACGGGCACCAGCCCUUCUUCGCCCGGCUCGACAAACCCAGCUACGCCCGGCAUGGGAGGGAGCUUCACCACGCCGAUCGGCAGCGCGUCCGGCCCUACGGCGAGCAUCAUAGGCCCCGAGAGCAGCGGCGUCGCUGCCGCCGCGGCCGCUUUUGCUGGCGUCCGCGGCCUCUUCGGCGUUGCCGUCGCCUCCGUCCUCGCUUUCUAAGUGCGGUGGUUGAUCACGAAGCAGCGAGAAACGUAGUGCAUUCUUUUUAAUCAUCUACAAUCCCUAGUGCGUUGUUGCUUUGGUGGAGAUGUCCUGGAUAUCGUUCUGCUUUAAUGUUUGUCUGUGUACGUCUGCUCUUUCAUGCCCUUUUAGUCCAUGUAUAUGUAUAUGGAGUUUAAUUUCUUUGCCUCAUGUCGA